CAUCGCUUUGAAAAUUAUGGAAUCUGAGCAAAAUUAUUAUUACAGAUUUACAAAGGGCAUGUUAACAAUCAUUGGUCAAUGGCCUUAUCAAGAAGAAAGAACGAGGUUGUUUCUACUGAGCUUAUUGACUGUGACCGCUAUUUCGGUGAUCAUUCCACAGGUGAACAAAAUAAUUCAAUGCGAUGGAGACAUGCGAUGCAUUAUGUUAGUCACACCGGCGUUAAUGUUAAUAUUUAUAAUUUUAGUGAAGUUAUAUACGUGCCAGAUUAACAAUAACAAAAUCAAAAGACUCACUGAACAUCUGUUUAACGAUUGGAAAAAUCUGGAAGAUGCAGAAGAGUAUGAAAUUAUGAAAAAGCAUGGCGCAAAUGCAAGGCUGAUUUCUUUGACAUAUACCACAUGUGUUUCCGCAGUUAGCGUUCUUUAUGUAUCAAUUAGUCUUAUACCUAAAGUAUUGGACGUCGUGUUACCCCUCAACAAAUCUCGACCCAUAAUUAUGCCCUAUGAGUCCUACUACUUCGUGGAUAGCGAAAAAUAUUUCUAUCAUAUUUUUCUUCAUAUUGGUGUGAGCCUGGCGAUACUUGUACCAGCGGUACUCGCGCACGACUGCCUGCUUCUGACUUACAUCGAGCACGCCUGCAGCAUCUUCGCUGUGACUGGAUUUCGUUUAGAGGCUGUAUCACGUAACAGUCAUAAUAAUUCGAUGAAUAAUGGUUCGCACAGCGUAUACAACCCGAAAAUUGCGGUCUCCGUGUACGCACACUGGCGAGCUUUACGAUUUGCAGAACUUCUUGAAGACAUCUUUUGCAUUUCUUUCGUUGUACAAAUGAUGCUAGUUAUCAUAACAUUGACUGUUACCCUGCUGUAUGUUGCCCUGCAAAUGGACGAAGUUGUGCAAGCAUUGAGGAUGUCGGGAUUUGUCGGCACUCAAACUACUCACUUAUUUUGCUAUUGUCUGCAAGGCCAGAGAUUGAUAGAUCAUAGUGUGCGAAUUCGCGAGAAGAUAUAUAACUCUUCCUGGUAUAACAUACCUGCGAAAUCUCAAAGAUUACUUCUGUACGUGAUGAAAAGGAGCAUGCAACCGAAUUUUUUGAGUGCCGGCAAGAUUUUCGUAUUUUCUCUGAAGAGCUUCACUACGGUAAAAAAUUAUUUACAAACGUUAUGUAUUUCUUCGAAAUCCCUCUUACGAGUGUUCUUAUUUUAAAGGUUUUACAGUCUUCGGUGUCAUACUUUACCGUACUUUCGUCCUUCCAGUAAUCAUUGGUGUAAUUCGAAUAGUUUAAUCUUUGUGCAACUACAAUUAUGUUAUAGCAAUAAAAAUUUUGAAGUGAAUAAUAUUUACACUUAACUCAUUAAUUAGCAACAUAUUAUCUAUACAUUAAAAAUAUCGUUGUUACAUUUAAUUUUAAAUAUCAUCGUUUCUUAUGGAUAAAAUUACGC